AUGGAGGCGCUGGUGCGGAAGGUGCAGCAGCGGGUGAGGAAGGCGCGGGAGGAGAUGGACCAGUGGGAUGACCUCAACACUCGGCUCCUCUCCCAAUUCUCCAACGCUGCCGCCGUCAUCUCUCGCCUUCAGGCCCUUGGAGAGGACAAGAAUUAUGGCCCCUUGCAUGGUGUGCCCAACAUCAGAGAGGACCUCAUUGGGAAUCAGAUGGAGGUUCUGGAGUUCAUUUUCGUUAAAAUCAGGGAGACACUGGAGAAGUUCAAUGGCGUUGUGAAAGCUUUAAAUAAGGCUCUGCGUGAUACCAAGCAGAUGGUGAGAGGCGGGUCGGCACUCACCGCAAAACAGAUGCAGUUACAAGUGGGAAUUUUGCCGUCGAUUGCAGAAUGCUUGAAUGGAUUUCAAACGUUAUGCAAGAUGCACCAUGCUGAGUUUACACUAAAAUCAUCAGUUUUCUCCUUGCUGACAUGGAAGAGCAGUUCCAGUGACAUUGCUGUACUACGUCAACUCUUAGUAGACCAGCCAAACAUUCCAAGAGAUGAAGGUGGUGACCAGACGGUUUGGACGAAGGUUUGUGAAAGAAGCACUUUGCAAUCGGCAGUGGGCUCAGAGACAUCAGGGGUGCCUGAGCCCCUGACAUUGCAAGUACUGGUGGAAUACCUCCAUAUCCGGGAGGUGCUGGAGGGCGAGUGGUGCGGAGGUGACACGCCAUGA